AUGGUGACAGUAGCCACUGAAAGAUCCAAACGGUUCGAAGAGUUGCUAACAAAAGUUCGUGCAAUUGUGACUUUUUUCAAGCGUUCAACAAAAGCAGCAGAUGACUUGCAAGCUUCACAGACUAAGACGGGAAAAACGAAGGGAGAACUUAAAAAACUGAAGAAGGAUGAACCUACCAGAUGGACCAGUAGUUAUCAAAUGCUGGACAGCUUUAUUCAGUUGGCUGAGGAGAUUGGCGUUGUUAUUCUGAGGCACGAUAAUGUUCCCAUGCUAUCAGGAUCAGAUCUGUCUGCUGCUAUAGAAGGUCGCAAUAUUCUUCAACCAAUCAUGCACGUGAUUACUGAACUGGAAUCUGAAAAAAAGUCAUUGGCGGAAAAAGUUAUCCCUUUAUUGAGCAUGAUGAAAACGGUACUGGAGUCAUUCAAUUCAAAAACUGAGUGUGUCAAACAGUUGAAAUCUGCGCUGUUAGACCAGUUCAACAGCCGAUUCCAGCAUAUUGAACUCGUCGACGGACUUGCAAUCGCGACACUUUUAGAUCCUCGCUUUAAAGCGCUUCACUUGCAACCGAUAUCGCAUGCGAAUGCUGUAACGAUGGUCUCGGAGAAACUAAAAUAUUUUGAAAGAGAAGAACGAGGACGACGAUGUGCAAGCACAAAAAUCGUCGAUAAUGUAUCAAGUCAGCUCAAUAACGGUGACGGAAAUUUGUGGAAGAUACAUGAUCGCCUGGUAGUAGAACGCACAGCUUCAAUGGAGCACGAUAAACCGGGUAACAUAUCUAGUGAACUCAGAAACUUUCUGCACCAACAGGUUAUCCCAAGAACUUCCGACCCGCUAGAAGCAUGGGACACUAUAAAAACAGAAUAUCCAAAUUUAUAUUAUAUUGCUUAG